AGGAGGAGGAGGAGGAGGCGGCUUGCACCGCGUCGCUGCAGGGAUGUUCUGGAAGCUUUGGCUCUCCUUGAUCCUGGCGGCCGCGCUGGCGAGGGCGGCCCAUGGCAGGAAGAACCGGCCGGCGGGCGCCAUCCCCUCGCCCUACAAGGACGGCGGCGGCGGCGGCGGCGGCGGCGGCAGCAACAACUCGGAGCGCUGGCAGCACCAGGUCAAGGAGGUGCUGGCGUCCAGCCAGGAGGCGCUGGUGGUCACGGAGCGCAAGUACCUGAAGAGCGACUGGUGCAAGACGCAGCCGCUGCGGCAGACGGUGGGCGAGGAGGGCUGCCGCAGCCGCACGGUGCUCAACCGCUUCUGCUACGGCCAGUGCAACUCCUUCUACAUCCCGCGCCACGUGCGCAAGGAGGAGGCGUCCUUCCAGUCGUGCGCCUUCUGCAAGCCGCAGCGCGUCGCCUCGGUCCUCGUGGAGCUCGACUGUCCCGGCCUGGACCCGCCCUUCCGACUCAAAAAGAUCCAGAAGGUCAAGCAGUGCCGGUGCAUGUCCGUGAACCUGAGCGACUCGGACAAGCAGUGAGCGCGCGCCCUGGGCGCACGCCGCCCCGCCCCGCCCCGCUCCGCGCGCGCCGGUCCCGGUCCCCAUCCUCGAACCCGCUCACGCAGCAAGCACGUGCCCUGGGGGCGGGUCGUGGCCACGAGGGGAGCUUGGCUGGUGGGUGGGUGGCCCACCCUGGGCCUCCCGAGCCCGGAGGAAGAUGCUGGACCGGCCCCCAGCGGUGGGAGAGGCGUGGAUGUUUCCACCGUGUGGAAAGGGGAGCGUUUCUCUGGCCUCGCCUGCGCUCCAGCUCGCCCUCUGCCUCCCGAAGUGAAGGAUGCGCCCCUCUUCAGAGCAGCCCCUCAACCCCCUGCUGCUGGUCCCGGUCCCCCUGGCCCCCCUGGUGCCCCCGGGCCCCCUGGUCCCCAUGGCUGGGGCUGCCCUCUCGCUGCUGAGCUGCGGAUUCGGAACAGCUGCCUGUGGGCGGGGAGUUCCUCGUCCCCUGAUGCCAAGAAGCCGACUUGGGUGGCCACAUGGGCCUCCCUGGGGGCCUUGCUUACAGCAGGCCACGCUCUCCCCACGCCCUCAGCCGCCGCCACCAUCCUCACUCCCCCCACCGCCAACAACGGACUCAAGUUGAACUCGAGCGCAUGCUGUUCUCGCUGCCAUUCGCCUGUUCUCACACGCACAGCCUGCACUGCGGCGCCCGGCAUGGCGGCCUCCCUGGCCUGUACUGUAAAGAGCUGUUCACACGUAUUCCAGACCCCGCCUUGUACUGUCUCACGGGUUUGGACCCCGGCUUUGCAGCAGGUUCUGAGUCGAGUUGGGAUCAGAAACAACGCCUGGCAGGUGCCUGUUCUAGACUGGGAAGGGGGGUGAGGGAGGAGGGGUGGUUUCCCCUUGAAUGGAAGGCAGUCAUGGCACCACAAUGUA